UUGACAGAAAUAUUAAAUUGUCAUGUCUUUAAAUAUGUACGUUUCAUAACCUUGAUAUUUAUUUUAAACUUAUUACGGCAAUGAUUUAAAUUUCAUUUUCUUUUAAAUUCUGCAUUUUCUAAAUAAAAUUUAUCAAUGGCGAAUAAAGAUUAUUACGAACGAUGGCUCAAAUUGAAAGAAGCUAUAAACACGACAAUUCUCGAAGACGAAAGAGUACAAGAACUAGCCGCAGCAUUUAUUGGUAUAAAACCACAAGGCACAGCUGUUGAAAUUGUAGCCCGAGUUUACUGCAAAUAUUGCGACCUGUACAACAAACUUUGCGACUGCUAUGAUCAAAUGGAACAAGUUCAAAGGCGGCCUUACAUAAAGAAAAUAAUUGAUGCGUUAACGUGUCGUCUACUCGAAUUGAAGGCAACAUUAGAAGACGUCGAAUUGUUUGAGUUCACAUACCCUGAAAAUGCUUUACAACAAAUGUUAAUGAUACCUUCUGAUAUACAAAUACUUUGCCCUUUCUUCUACCCAUUCGAGACACGACAAGAAGAAAUGCAAUACAUAGUAGAUCAAAUUUUAGCUGGUAACAGAAUCGGUGAUCCAACACCGACUCCUUCAGAAAUUGAACGGAAAGAAGAGGCGCGCUUAGAAGAUGAAAGAAUAAAACAAGAAGAAAAAGAGGCAGAAAUUAAAAGAAAACUAGUUAUGGGAGAAGACAUAAUUGAACCAGAAAUUGUAAUUACGUUGUCACCAGAAGAUCAAGAAGAACUUAGACUUAAACAAGAAUAUGAAACCCAUGUAUCAAAUAUACAAAGAAUGGAAAGAUCAAGAAUUACCACCAGAGAAAAUGCGCAUAAAGCAAAUAAAGAUGCCAAUUUGUAUUUAGAAUUAGCUGGUUUAAAACAGCCACAAGCCAAGGAAGAACUAAGACUAAAGGCAGCACAUUUAAUACAAUCUGUAUACAGAAAAUUUAUGCACAUAAAAAGAGAUCAUGCAAUAGAAUACAAACUUAAACAAAAACUAGGAAUGAUUAUCCCAUCGUGGUCAACACCUUCACAUAAAAUUCAAUUGGAGAAAGUCCGAGAAGAACGUAGAAAUUUUAGAAGACAAUAUUACGAAGAGUGGCUCCAGAAAAACCUUAAUGAAAAAACACGGGUCCUGAAAUUAAGGAAAGGUGAUAUAAUGGAAGAUAUUUCAGCCGAAGUCCGACAAUGGUUUCAGGAGUGGUAUAAUGAAGCGAGGCUAUUUGAUGAAUAUCCUUGGCCUGAAGAAGGUGGUUCGAUUUUAGUUGUCCAGGGAGAAACUUUCAGCGUCCCAGAAUAUAUGGAAUGGCGUAAAGAAGAAGAAAAAAGAUUAAAAGCCGCAGCCGGAAACCCGAAGACAAAAGAACAAAUUAAAGCGGAAAAAAAGGCUGAGAAAGAAGAGAAGAAGAGAAUAGAAAUGGAUGCAAAGGAAAAAGAAAAGAAACGUCUAUUAGAUUAUAAAAAGUCUAGAUUAAAUCCAGAUAACGAUCCCGGUGUCUAUAUAACGCCGGGUCAAAAUAUAGAGCCGUUGAAAAGUGCCUGGGACUCUUACCAAAGUCAGUGGAAAAAUAUUGAGACCCCGGAUGCUCCUCGUGAAGUUACUAAAGGCUACAUAAUGCAACUCAUAACCGAAUCAGCCUAUCAGGACGUUCAACUACAAUUAAGACCUAUCGUAGAUGAAAUGAUGAGAUUGGAACUAAACUUAUUAAAGAACUCGCUAAAACUUGAUUAUCAAGCCGCCGGGAUUGUUAAGCCCCCUCAAACCAUGAAGAGAAAAAAGCCUAAAAAACAAAAGACACCUAAACCCGAUAAAGUAAGUCCUGCAGCCAUGUUUCAGCAACUGGUCGAUGAAGGUAUAAUUAAAAAGUACCCUAAAGUAACGCUUGAUGAUUACUGGGGCGAUCAAAACUAUGCUGCUGCUGAUAUGAGAGCAACGCUUUGGACUCCAGCUUUUCCACCACAUAGCAUUGGUGACGUGAAAGAACAAGUGAGAGUACGUUGUUUGCUCACUCUCUGCUCUUCAUGUCCAAAUGCAGUGAGGACUCAGCUACUUGUGGGUCCUAAGUCUGCGGGUAAAAGAACAUUAAUUUACGCAAUAGCAACCGAAACUAACUCCAUCUUGAUAGAUCUGUCGCCAUUAAAUGUAUACAACAAAUUCCCGGGGCCAAAGAAUUUGAAGAUUAUGUAUAGCUUCGUAAACAGAAUUAGCAGACUGAUGCAGCCGACCAUAAUAUUAAUUGAAAAUGCCGAAAAAAUGUUUUACAAGAAAGUACCGAAAGAAGAGAAGUCCUUCGAUCCUACUCGGCUACAACGAGACUUUGUUAAGGAAAUAGUAAAACCUAUAACUCCUGAAGACAAGAUCUUGAUUCUAGGUACAGCAGCGGAACCAUGGCUCGCGAAAGGAGCUCAGAUGUCCAAAGCCUUUCCAUCGCUGAUCAUGAUGCCGAGGAGUGAUUAUGGCAGCAUAUCAUUCAUUCUAACAAAAGUGCUCAUGAAAUAUCAUGGUGUCAAAAGAGAUUUUAAUGUACACAGUGUCGCACAAGCCUUAAGGGGCUAUGAUAUCAACAUCAUAAAGAAAGGAGUCGAAACCCUGUUGAAUGGUGAGCGUAUUGCUCAACUCUACCACAAGCCAUUACAACCUGACGAGAUUUUAAUUGCAGUACUGGAUACCGAAGGCGCAACCUAUACAGGUAAAGAGGAUUAUGCGUUAUACAAAAAUUGGUACGAGUCAUAUUCCCCUUGGGGCCAGAAAUAUUUGGACUACAUGAUCAUGAUUGAGUCGCAAUUGGCCUAUAAACUGAAAGCAGAGAAGAAAAAAGCCGGAUAGCACUUGCAAAUUUUCUAUGAAUGCAUUACAGAGAAUAUUUCACUCUUUCUUUACUGAUAUCUUUAUUUCUGAAAAAAACUGAACUUCCCCAUGGUUUUGGGACUGCUUCACAAAAAAGAGAUAAAAAAUCGGUUAGCGACAGGAGAAAAUUAUAAUAAGUAAUCAACUGUUUUGUCUCAGUCUCUUUACAUAAAAAUUAUAAUAAUUUAUACUUUUAAUCGUUUAUAAUAUCGAAUUUUUCAAGAAUUCUUGUCAUUUUCAAUUUUCGAGGAUAAUUAAACAUUCCAUUAUAAAUUUAAAGCGCA